CCUUUCUUCCCCGAGGGCCUGCAGAGCCCAGUGCAUCCAUGGCUGGUGUGUUCCUUCCAGCCAGCCCACACCUCAGUUCCAGACACAAAGCGUUGCCUUUUUCUGUUCCGUCCCCACCCCCGCCGUCGCACAGCAUGAAGAGAUACGGGAUCAAGAUUUCUCCUUUUCUGCAUUUAAGGGUGUAUCAUUAGUCCUCCCUUCUGUUGCUUUGGAGACCACUGGUCUGUUCCCAUCUUUCAUCCCACCCGCCCUUUUAUAGAUGUCAGGGUGCGAACACCAGCCGUGGGAAAGCCUGCUGAGGACUGGUCUUCCACAUCCUCGGCUGCCGUGCCUAUGCCUCUCUAGGAAGGGCAUUCUGAGGGGCAAGAAACCUCACCAGUCUCCAUGUGCCCUGAGUAGCCACUGUCCACUGGAGGCAGUGAAUGCAGAAGCUGAGCCCCCAGUUUGAGCCCCGGUUCCUGCUACAGCACCUGGCCUGCUGCCUUGCCCCCCCUUGGUUUCAGUUCCCUCAGGGGCCUCAGGGGGAUAUUCUGCUGCCCAGUGUGGGCAGAGAUGGGGAAGUCGCCAGACAUGCUUCCCCUCCACUCCCUUCACUUUUUUCUUUUACAUAAAAGACAAGGGAAGAGAACCUCCCUAGUAGAGGACCAUACAGGUCAGGCUCCCUAAGACCCACAGCUCUUGCAGAGACUGAAAUACUUACUUGUGAGACAUUUUUCUGUCUUUCUUAUUUUAUUUCUUUAAAAUUUCUAAGGAAAAUUAUGAUUCCUAGAGUAAGUGGGAAGAAUGAGGUCAUACACCAGGAGCCAAAGCAGUAACAAGCUGCACUGGUGUAGUUACUGGGAGGAGUGGAGAAUAUGGGGCGGGGGGCCUCGUCUAGGCCCCAGACCCAGCUGUAAGACUUGGUGCCGUUACCUGGCCUGCUUCGCGAGUCGGCAAGGAGCUAACAAGCUCGGUCGAACCGCUGUUACUUACCGAUUACUUCCACAUGCCAAUUGAUAUCGUUCUCCUGGUUCUGCUCACUUGGGCUCUUAGGGAUUAGGUUCUCUUCUCUUCAUUUCGUAGUUGCACCUGGGAGAAGUUAACUCAGUUGUCCAGCUAGUAAGUGACAAAGCUGAGACUCAAUUUUCUUAAUUAGUGCUGCAUUCUAGCUUGUCCACAGUUCAGAAUGUUGGGUGGCUUAGAAAACACGGCUCCCUCUGAUGCCUGGGAAGACCUGUGGUGUCCGACUCCUGUUCUGCCAUCUUCUGCAGCUGCUGUGGCAGUCCCAGUGCCCUUUGCAGGUGGGGCAGAGUGACAGACGCAAAGCUGUCCCCUGCAGGGCUCCACACUGCCCGGUCAGGGCUCCGAGGCAGCAGGCGAGCGCCCGGGCUUUACUGUUCCCACAGGCAGUGCGCUCUGGCUUGUUAUUUUCUGCUCAACACUAGUCUACCUUGUCCUGUGCUGUUCUGUGCUGGCUUUGACCUACUCGUGGUCUUGACCUGUGGUUUGAAAAAUUCUGGUGCUGUAGUUAAGAGCCACAGACUCUGGAGUCAGACGGACUUGGGGCCUCUUGGGUGUUCCAGCAGUGGGCUGGCGCUGAGACUGGUCAGGGGAUGCUUCAGUUCGCCUGGCGUCUCAGAAAUGCAGAAAUGAGGGCAUUGGACUUGGAGGAACUACACCCAUGACACCAUGUAUCAGAAUUAGUAUUCUGUUGGGCAGCCAUUCAGAAUGAAUGGAAAAUGCUCAUGAUAUCAUACGUUACAGUUUUUGAACAAGAUACAAAAUUAUGUUCACUAUGAUUACAACUCUGCAAAAUGAGACAUCUGCAUGGGAGAAUGAUUAGAAAUAAAUAUCCCAAAAUACAACAGAGGACUAUCUGAAACGGAAGAUUCGUUCCCGGCCGGAGAGAUCGGAGCUGGUCAGGAUGCAUAUUUUGGAAGAGACCUCGGCCGAGCCUUCCCUCCAGGCCAAGCAGCUAAAGCUGAAGAGAGCCAGACUGGCUGAUGAUCUCAACGAGAAGAUUGCACAGAGGCCGGGCCCCAUGGAGCUGGUUGAGAAGAACAUUCUGCCUGUGGAGUCCAGCUUGAAAGAAGCCAUCAUUGUGGGCCAGGUGAACUACCCGAAAGUAGCGGACAGCUCUUCCUUCGACGAGGACAGCAGCGACGCCUUAUCCCCUGAGCAGCCUGCCAGCCAUGAAUCCCAGGGCUCCGUGCCGUCGCCUUUGGAAGCCCGAGCCAGCGAGCCACUGCCCAGUGCCACCUCUGUAUCCCCUCCUCAGGUUGUGUCCCAACUCCCAUUGGGCCCGGAAUCCGGAGAAACACUUUUCCUGGCAGAGCAGCCGCCUCUGCCUCCCAGCCUCACCAACGGAACUGCAGCCCCCACGGCCAAGGCCACCCCGACGCUCAUUAAGCAAAGCCAACCCAAGUCUGCCAGCGAGAAGUCGCAGCGCAGCAAGAAAGCCAAGGAGCUGAAGCCAAAGGUGAAGAAGCUCAAGUACCACCAGUACAUCCCCCCGGACCAGAAGCAGGAUAAGGGGGCGCCCCCCAUGGACUCGUCCUACGCACGGAUCCUGCAGCAGCAGCAGCUCUUCCUGCAGCUGCAGAUCCUCAACCAGCAACAACAGCAGCACUACAACUACCAGACCAUCCUGCCCGCACCGCCCAAGCCGGCCGGCGAGGCCCCUGGAAGCACCGGGGCCCCCCCAAUACGCAGCCUCUCCGCCCCCAGUAGCGGCUCCAGCUCGGGUGCUCCGGGGCCCGGCGGGCUGGCGCGGCAGAACAGCACCUCGCUGAGCGGCAAGCCGGGAGCCCUGCCCGCCAACCUGGAUGACAUGAAGGUGGCGGAGCUGAAGCAGGAGCUAAAGCUGCGGUCACUGCCCGUCUCAGGCACCAAGACGGACCUGAUCGAGCGUCUGCGUGCAUACCAGGAGCAAGUCGGCCCUGCCCCGGGAGCUCCCAAGGGCCCUGCCACCCCCUCCAUCCUACCCAAGGCUGGGGAGGUAGUGGUCGCUUUCCCGGCUGCCCGCCUAAGCACGGGGCCUGCCCUGGUGGCCACAGGCCUGGCCCCAGCCGAGGUGGUGGUGGCCACGGUGACCGGCAACGGCGUGGUGAAGUUCGGCAGCACGGGCUCCACGCCCCCCGUGUCUCCCACCCCCUCGGAGCGCUCCCUGCUCAGCACCGGCGACGAGAACUCCACGCCCGGGGAUGCCUUCGGCGAGAUGGUGACCUCGCCGCUGACCCAGCUCACCCUGCAGGCCUCGCCGCUGCAGAUCCUGGUGAAGGAGGAGAGUCCCCGGGCCGGCUCCUGCUGCCUGAGCCCCGGGGUGCGGGCCGAGCUCGAGGGCCGGGACAAGGACCAGAUGCUGCAGGAGAAGGACAAGCAGAUCGAGGAGCUGACGCGCAUGCUGCGCCAGAAGCAGCAGCUCGUGGAGUGGCUGCGGCUGCAGCUGGAGCAGGAGAAGCGGGCCCAGCAGCCGGCCCCGGCCCCCAGCCCGCGGGGCGCCCCCGUCAAGCAGGAGAACAGCUUCUCCAGCUGCCAGCUGAGCCGGCAGCCCCCGGGGCCCGUUCACCCCUUCAGCCCCAGCCUGGCGGCCCCCGCUGCCCACCACGCAGACACUUGUCCCCCGGCGCCCCCGGCCGUGGUAGUGAAGCAAGAAGCCGCGCCGCCGGAGCCCGAGCCAGCCCCUGCUCCGCAGCUGCUUCUGGGCCCCCAGGGCCCCGGCCUCAUCAAGGGGGUCCCGCCUCCCACCCUCGUCACUGACUCCGCAGGGACCCACCUUGUCCUCACCGUGACCAAUAAGAACGCGGACAGCCCCGGCCUGGCCAGCGGGAGCCCCCAGCAGCCCUCGUCCCAGCCUGGUUCUCCAGCCCCUGGCCCGCCCGCCCAAAUGGACCUAGAGCAGCCAUCACAGCCCCUCUUUGGGACCUCUGCUUUGCUGCUGAAGAAGGAGCCGCCCGGCUAUGAGGAAGCCGUGAGCCAGCAGCCCAGACAGCAGGUGAAGAAGGAGAACGGUUCCUCCAGCCAGCAGAUGGACGACCUGUUUGACAUUCUUAUUCAGAGCGGAGAAAUCUCAGCAGAUUUCAAGGAGCCACCACCCUCCCUAUCAGGGAAAGAGAAGCCCCCCUCAACCUGUGGGUCGCCCCUGGCCACACCGUCCCCGCCCUCUGCCGAGCUCCCCCAGACGGCGCCGCCUCCUCCCUCGGGCUCACCCACCCUCCCUGGGCGCCUGGAGGACUUCCUGGAGAGCAGCACGGGGCUGCCCCUGCUGACCGGUGGGCACGAGGGGCCAGAGCCCCUCUCCCUCAUCGACGACCUCCACAGCCAGAUGCUGAGCAGCUCUGCCAUCCUGGACCACCCCCCCUCUCCCAUGGACACCUCGGAAUUGCACUUUGCCCCUGAGCCCAACGGUGUGGGCCUGGACCUGGCCGACGGCCACCUGGACAGCAUGGACUGGCUGGAGCUGUCGUCGGGCGGCCCCGUGCUCAGCCUGGCCCCGCUCGGCACCACCGCGCCCAGCCUCUUCUCCACGGACUUCCUCGACGGUCACGACUUGCAGCUCCACUGGGAUUCCUGCUUGUAGCUCUCGGGCUGCGGAGCCGGGCCGGGAGGGGCUGGAAGUUGGGGAGCCUCGGGAACUCCUGGGAGCCCCACUCCCUCGGCCUGAUCCCGCCUCUGCGUGGUCACGAGUCCCGACAAUCACGAGCCCUGCUCUCCCCUCCCCGGGAGGCUGGAGCAGGUCGAGCCGCCGCCUGGCUCAGGCUCAGCAGGGAGGGAAGCCGCCCGGGACCAGCUCUGGUGUCGGCCUGUGGUCAGGCGGCCGGGACAGGCCAGGGCCAUUCCGCCGACCUCCUGUGAGGCCGGAGGUGCAGUCUGGCCACCGUGUGCUCGGGCACAUGAGGCCCGGGGUGGGUCUCCUUCCUUCUCUCCCCUCUUCCCUGUGAGGGAGAAACUAGCUGGGCCUCUACCUCCCCGUUCCCCGUGAUGCCAACCCCAGGGUCCCAGGCUUCCUGGGAGGGGAGCCCCUUGCCAUUUUAGUGUCUUGGUGUAGUGUAGCCCGUAGCAGCUGGUGGCGGGCGGUUCCUGUGCAGGUGUACAUAUCGCGCUACCCCCAGUCGCCAUCCGUUCAUGUCCGUCUGUCCUGGGGGCUGGAGGGGGCUUGGCGCUCCCUCCCGUCCUGUGCCCCAUACAGAAGGGCCUGGAGACCACCGCUCCUCGCGUUGGACGCAGCUUACCUCAGCCCCGUCACGCGUGUUUGACAUGCAGACACCCUGCCACGGCCUGUGCCCCGCCUGUGUCCUGCUCCGUACUAGUGCCACGAGGGCAGAGGUGCUUCCUGGCCACCCACCCACAUUCCGUCCCGCUGCCUCACUGCAGCCACCGUGGCCCUGGGAUCAGAGGGGCGGCGGCCCUUAAGCUGUGGCCUCCUCUUGCCCUAGGGCCCAGCCUCUCUUCUGGCCGGUCACUGUCAUUAACGGGAUUAGGGAUGGAGCCCCAAACCAGGGCUGGGACAGAGGUUGGGAAGCUGUGUGGACUUUUUAAAAUAAAAUUAAAAAACACUGA